AUGGCAUCGAUAUGCAGGUCACUGCGACCCCUCGCUAAGACCACCAGACCCCUUUCCACCUUCAACUCUACAGCUAGAUUCACGCCCAGAAGGACUCAUAUACGGCAACAAGCCCUCUUCUCGACUUCCAGACGACACUACAACGACGAUGUAGACCUUGCCUCUCUAACCCCAACACCCAUUACACACUUCUCGGAGACCGAGGUUAUGCUCGCAGAAUCCGUAUCAAAAUGGGCAAACGAAGAAGUCGCUCCUAAAGUUCGAGAAAUGGAUGAGGCAGAAAAGAUGGACCCCGAAAUUGUCGAACGAAUGUUCGAGCAAGGUCUGAUGGCAUUUGAAAUUCCUGAAGAAUAUGGAGGUGCCGGGAUGAACUUCACUUCUGCAAUUGUCGGAAUCGAGGAGCUCGCUCGUGUGGACCCUUCGGUCUCGGUCAUGUGCGAUGUUCACAAUACUUUGGUCGUGACCGCCAUCCUGAAAUAUGGUAGCGAGUCCUUCAAGAAAGAGUGGUUACCCAAGCUCGCCACCAACACCGUCGGAUCCUUCUGUCUGUCUGAACCGGUCUCUGGUUCAGAUGCGUUUGCACUCAAGACCAAGGCUGAAAAGACAGAAAGCGGCUACAAGAUCAAUGGCUCUAAAAUGUGGAUCACCAACUCUAUGGAAGCAGAAUUUUUCCUGGUAUUUGCGAACCUCAACCCCGAAGCCGGCUACAAGGGCAUCACUGCUUUCGUCGUCACCAAGGACACCAAGGGUUUCAGCAUAGCAAAGAAGGAGAAGAAACUCGGCAUCAAGGCUUCCAGCACAUGCGUUAUCAACUUUGAUGAUGUCGAAAUCCCAAAGGAAAACCUACUCGGCAAAGAAGGUGAAGGCUACAAAUAUGCCAUUGGACUUCUCAAUGAAGGCCGCAUUGGUAUUGGCGCUCAAAUGACCGGACUAGCACUUGGUGCGUGGGAGAACGCGGCCAAGUAUGUCUGGAACGAUCGAAAGCAAUUCGGUAAGCUCGUGGGAGAGUUCCAGGGCAUGCAGCAUCAACUUGCACAAGCAUACGUGGAGAUCUGUGCGGCUCGCGCUCUGGUUUACAACGCGGCACGAAAGAAGGAAGCAGGUGAAGACUUUGUAACAGAUGCUGCGAUGGCCAAGUUAUACGCUUCUCAGGUCGCUGGGAAGGUCAGCGGGUUGGCCGUUGAAUGGAUGGGUGGUAUGGGCUUUGUCCGAGAAGGUAUCGCUGAGAAGAUGUUCCGUGACAGCAAGAUCGGUGCCAUCUAUGAGGGAACCAGCAAUAUCCAGUUGACCACGAUAGCUAAAGCGCUCCAGAAGAAAUAUACGACGUAA